AUGCUUGUGGGAGACUUUAAUGAACUGCUUUCCUUCUCUGAUAAGAUUGGUGGCUCCAAGCACUACAGGUUUGGGGGCAUGCAAGAUUGGGUCUGUAGGAAUGGAUUGGUUGACAUGGGUUACCAAGGUGCUGACUUCACAUGGACAAACAAUACUGUGAAUGAGAGACUUGAUAGAUGCUUCUGCAACAGUGAUUGGAGAAUCCUUUUUGCUGAUGCUUGUGUUGUUCAUCUAGCUAGAAUGAAGUCUGAUCACUGCCCUAUACUGGUCAAAUUGUGCCCUGAUGCUAGACGUGUAAGGAAAAACCCCCCAUUUAGAUUCCAAGCUAUGUGGAUGCAACAUGACAACUAUGUGUAG